CCCCCACCGAGGGGUUGGGGGACGGGCCGCCGUCUCCUCACGCCCCCCUCUUGCCCGCAGCCCGGCCGCCGUCAUGCCCGCCGCCGCCGCCGCUCCACUUCUUCUGCCGCCGCCGCUCCAACUUGGCGGCUGAGCCCUUCCCCGACACGCAGGAUCGCUCCCCCGCGCCGCCGGCAGCAUGGAGAGCGUACGUGAGCUCCAAAACCCACUCUUGGCCAAGGCCAAUGGGCACCUUCGCAGCAGCUAUUCUUACCACCAGCAUCACAGCCAGGACUACCCCAGUCAUCACUGCCAAGGGAAACUGUAUUCCUACAUCUUCCAAAACACUGGUGGUGCCAGGACUCACCAGCUGCUGGAUGCCAGUUCCCUGCAGCUGGCUGUUGAAGCCUUGUACGGCCCCAAUUUCAUCCUCGUGAAGGAUGAGACCACUCUCAAGGCCAAGGACAGCAAGACAGAAAGCUGCGAGACCACUUUUACGGAAAGCAAAGAGGCUCCGUCUGAAGCUUCCGAUGGGCACGAGGCUUCAGGGUCCUGCCUGGUAGAGAGCGACAUCCGCAUCCAAACCGUGUCCUACGAGGUGGAGGAAGAGGAGCUCCAGGAGUAUGAGAGCGACUCCUCCAGCGACAGCGAAAGUGAGGAUCAUUUCCUGAUGCUUCCCCCCCGGGACCACCUGGGCUUGGCCCUUUUCUCCAUGCUGUGCUGCUUCUGGCCCCUGGGGAUCGCUGCCUUCUACUUCUCCCAAGGGACCAGCAAGGCCGUCUCCAAAGGAGAUUUCCACCUGGCCAGUUCAGCUUCUCGCCGAGCUCUCUUCCUCGCCGCGCUCUCCAUAACCAUCGGCACAGGAGUGUACGUCGGGGUGGUGGUAGCGCUGAUCGCGUACCUCUCCAAAGGGGGCCAUGUAUAGCUCCCACCCACACGUCAGCGCCGCCCCGGCCACCAGCCCUCCUGGGAUGGAGCUUUCCUGCGGAGCACAGGGCGCCCGUGCCUGCAAGGGCUGCUUGCACGGCAGGACCCCGGCGUGCACGCCCCGCACAGGCUUUUUCCCCUUUCAGACAAACAGUAGACCCCCGUUCUUCCCCAGGCUGCGGGGUACCACCAUCUGACAGCAGGGAACUGGGCAUCGGCCUGGCUGCUGGGACCAGGAGGAGUACAUUUGGCUGCUGGAUGACACGCAGGAGAGAUGCUGUAGGCUGCUGCUGGGCUGGUGCCACCACCCCUGUUCUGGGGACAUGGCUUUCCCUCCCAGCCCCACAGCUGGGAGAUACACCACUGGUGCCCAGGCUUGACCCAUGAAGGGGGCACACAGGGAGGAGAGGGGAUAUGGCGCCGGAGAAUGACCCCGGGAGGUGGGUUCUCCAGACUCCCACGACGGGGACAACAUCCUCAUUUCAGUGCCACGGGACAGCAGCUGGCCCCUCAGCUGUAGCUAAAUAGGAGGUCACAGCAUGGACAUGACCAAAGGGCAUGCUCUCUGCAUCCCUGUGCAGACAGACCUCUCAUCCAAGGGACAUCCCACUUGCUGGCCCAUCCCAGGCAAGAAACAAGGAGAAAGGCAGACUGGUUGUUGCACACCAUCACUCCCAUCGUUGGAGCAAGUUGGCAAAGACAACAAGGUUUUCUCUGUGUUAAUGAUGACUGUCAUGAUAAUUGCAAGUCAAGAGUCCCCAUAAGGUUGGUGUCACACAGUGCUGGGCCCUAAAAAGACUUGUAAUGGUAAUUUCUAACCAAGAAACGACCUGGGAGGGGUGGGGGCCUGAAGGACUCCACUCUUGGCAUUUAGGUCAUGGCCUCAGACACAAAGAGGGAUGGAAAGAAAAGGCUGACAUGACACGCAGAGCCUGGGGUGGGAGAUCUGUUUGCCAGGGGAUGAGGUCCAGAGAGGGGGAAGAUGUGGAGGGAGCCCGAGACACAGGAACUUCUUCCCAUGCCUCCAUCCAAAGGCUCUGCUGACAAGGAAAUCCCACGCAUCCCCACUUACAUCUUACUUUCGCUAAUUCACAUGUUGUCAGCGACACAUCGAGUGCUUCGGAGGUGGGUGUGAAGGCAACGGCUGCCCCCAAGGGCUGGUGUUAAAAGGCCCUCCCUCACCCCCCCUCCCUAGCAUCCUCAUCCCUGACUCUCCCUCCCCCUGGCCAUGGCUCCCCUGCCGUCUCCUUCCCCGGCGUGCGGGAGGCUGCAGGCAGACUCUGGGCACCCGUCGCCCCUCACCGGGGUUUCGGGGCAGGCUGCAGCCAGCUCUGCAAGAGGCGCAGCGUGUUCCUCCAACUGGGUGCCGUUCAAAUGUACAUUUCGUCCUAAAGAAGCAUGUUAAUGUCUGCGAUUGCUGUUGUACUUGAGCCAUAAAAGAGAGAAGCACAUCAGAGACCUGUUCAGAAGCUGGUCUGAAAGUUCCCAUUACGUUUUAUAACAUGGAAGAGCUAAUAAAAAAAAAAGCAGGAAAAAAGACUCUGUUUAUAAGGACGUGGAGCUGGCUAGGGAAGAAGUGAGCUUUGCAGGAGUGCUGAGCUCACUUAAACCUGGAGGUGUUUAUGCAGUUCCCGGAGGAAGUUAUAAUCCAGCUGGUGUCUGGGCAACUUGGAGGGAGAUGUACUGCGAUGUAGAUCACAGUGAGCAGCUAGCGCUGGGAGCGGGAUGGUGAUGUAGGCUUUUUGCCAUAUGCGGAUGGACAAGAAUUAGGGAGAGAGAGAGAGACCAGAGCAUCGUCUAUGCUCAGACUGCUCUGCGUGUGGUAGAAGCAUAAAAUAAAACUUGCUCGAAGAAAGGCAGAAGAAUAUGAACAUCAGGCAGGAAUAAGCAGUUCUUGCUUCUGGUGGUGGACAGAGAGAGACCAAAUUUGCAGGGAAGGUCUGGGGUGUCCAGAAGAGAUGAGGUGGCUUAGAGAGGAGAGAUGAGGUUCACCCGCACCCAGCAGCUGAGGGAUGGUUAUUGUUCCCCCCUCCUGCAUGUGCUCAGCCUUCCUGGGCGUCCAUCCCUCCAAAUCGCUGAGUAGGACAGGAGUGCUAUUUCAGGAGAGAGGACAUCCGUGGGGGCCCAUGCAGCAGGGGCAACCAGACCCACCACCCCAAAGCUCAAUGCCAUCCCAGCUAAAGCUGUCCCUGCCUCUCCCCCUCGAGCUGGGGGGCAGGGGUGGGGGGCUCCCCAGUGGUUCUGGUCCAGACCGAACCAUCAGGGCUGCUGGACCAGAAUCAGUAAUGAGAAACUGGUUUUGCUCUGAAUUUGUAAUUCUGCCGGCUGGUUCCUUCCAGGGGCUCCCCCAGGUGGGGGACCAGCAGCCCCUAGCCCACUCCUUGUGGGCACCCCAAUCCCUGCACCCCAACAUGCCUUUUUGUCUUGUUUUAAUUGGAGACGCACGGGGAAGGACCGGAUUAAAGGGCCAACAGAAUUAAAGUGUUUUCUGCUAA